CGUUGAAGGAAAAACAAACUCUACCCGAAAAUGACUGGUCGCGGCAAAGGAGGAAAAGGACUCGGAAAGGGAGGCGCUAAGCGUCAUCGCAAGGUUCUUCGUGAUAACAUUCAGGGUAUCACCAAACCCGCCAUCCGUCGUCUGGCGCGCCGUGGAGGAGUGAAACGUAUCUCCGGUUUGAUCUACGAGGAAACCCGAGGUGUGCUGAAGGUUUUUCUAGAAAAUGUUAUCCGUGACGCUGUUACUUAUACCGAACACGCCAAGCGAAAGACCGUCACCGCCAUGGAUGUCGUGUAUGCACUGAAACGCCAAGGCCGCACUCUGUACGGUUUCGGAGGUUAAAUUGAUUCGACAAAAGAUACUCUCACAAACGGCCCUUUUAAGGGCCACCAAACGAAUAAAUGAAAGUUAGUUAUUUUCCUUAUUUCUACACUAGAAAUUUUUAACAAAGCUCUGAAGCAUCUUAAACAUUCAAUUUAUACAGGAAACAGACUUUAGUUUCAAAAAUC